CAGAGCAGGAGAGAGAUACCAGGAGUGUGAUGGUUUGCACUCCUAUCCUGACAGAAGGAGCGAUCACAACAGAGAGUUGGGUGGCUAAAGGAGUUUUCACAGUGCGCAUGGAUGGAUGAAAGUAAAAUGGGCAAAAGAGGGAAAAAAGGGGAAUCCCACCAACAUCCAUGUCAAGACUCAUCUUUCUGGACUUCUUCUGUCUGGUACUCAGGAAGGAAAGAACAUCUGUCAGUUGUGUGACCCUUCUAUGUUCAUCACUAUUCAGUCCUGGAUUCCUGCUGGGAGAAGCGAAAGAGAAAAACAGCAGCUUCUGUCAGUCGCUCCGAAUUGUUGCAGAGGUGGAAGGACAGGGGACAGCGUGGUGAACAGACCAGCUCAGGAGCAUCUGUGUUUACUCUGCAUGGUCACUGUGAAUGAAAGGUGUGGAACUGAAGGACAUGUAGAUGAUACCGUUUACACAUCUGGCCUCUUAAAGACUAAUUAUUGUCUGGGAUCUCUUUACAAAUCUAAAAGGCAAUUUCUCUCUCUGGUGAACUGACAUCCACUACCUCACGAUAAUGACCUUUGCCUGAAUUGCAGACUCAAGCCCCCACCCCACCCCAGCCCUCCUGAGUACCUUUAAAUACUGGUAAUCACAAAUGACAGUGUUCACAUAUGUCAUUGUGACUGGAUACACAUACACUACAGUCAUGCCAUCUCCAGUGAUUUAGGUUUCAGCAUGUCGAGGGACAAACUGGAGAUCUGUGCUCAGUCAAUGGCAGCUGGAGCCAAGAGAACAGAGACUAAUGAGAAAGGUAGAGAUUGAAGGCCUGUUCCAUUAGUACUCCCAGGGGAAGCAUGGGCCUGUAUGCUGGCCGGACACUCUGACCUCUCCCAAAUACAUGUGGGACAUUACUGUGCUGUGCACCGGAAAUAUCUGCAUGGCAGACAGACAACUGCGCUUCUUGGAGUACCAGACAUGGAUAUGGAUGUAACUAUUUUCUUAUACACACAUAUCUGACUGCUAUUUUCUCACUGUAUACAAAAGAAGCAAAAAGGCUCAUGUUAUGAGCAGUACAUUUUAGCACUGCACUGGAGAAAGAGAGUCUGCGUUUCUUCGUUUUCUUGGUUGGCUGCGACUCUCCUGCCUGGGAAUAUCAUGCGACUAUAAACAGGAGGUGGCUCAGACAUCUGAUCCCUGCUCCGCUCAUCUAUCAGUUAUCUCAGCAUUACCAAAUCAAACCAGAGAUCUGAGAGAAGAAAAAAAAAUCAGCCUAGAAGACAUCAGCCUAUGUUCCCCAGCAUCCACUGGAUACAGGUGGCUAAUUGCUCAGCUUUCUUGCCAACAAGGUCAGAAAGGAGAAAAGUGACAACUCAUUGACAUCUUUGGUGAGACAGGUGGGGUUUUUCGGCCUCUCUGGGAGGGACUAGCAGUAAAAGGAAAAGCCUCGCUGGGGGCUCUAGUUGAACGGAAGCACUUUUCUACAAGCAAUGUUUGGAUGCGAUGCUCAUCUCUGUGGAUCUAACAUGGACUCUAUGGCCUGAUUACACCGCUCUGGUAUUCAGAUAGUGCUGGAGGCAAGGGAUAAUGUGCCCUGAAAAAGAAGCCACCAUGAGCAACGUCACGGUCACCGACAACACUGAGCCCAUCAGCGGCACCAUGAGUCCGGCGACCCCCAGCCUAUAUCCUGUUAGUUUUCAGGUCUCCCUGACAGGCUUCCUCAUGCUAGAAAUCCUGCUUGGCCUGAGCUCCAACCUCACUGUGCUUGCCCUUUACUGCAUGAAGUCAAACCUCAUUAGCUCCGUCAGUAACAUCGUCACUAUGAACCUCCAUGUGCUGGAUGUACUGGUUUGCUUGUGCUGCAUCCCACUCACCAUUGUGGUGGUCCUACUCUCCCUGGAAGGAGACACAGCCCUCGUCUGUUGCUUCCAUGAAGCCUGUGUUUCCUUCGCUAGUGUUGCCACUGCUGCUAAUGUACUGGCCAUCACCCUUGAUCGUUACGACAUCUCUGUCAAACCAGCCAACAGAGUCCUGACCAUGGGUCGUGCCCUGGCCCUGCUGGCCACCAUCUGGGUGCUAUCCUUUGUUAGCUUCCUUGUACCCUUUAUUGAGGUGGGCUUCUUUGCUCAAGGCUACACAGAGCGGAACCAGACACUGGUGGAGAACGUGGUCCCCACUAACCAGUACUACAAUGAACUUGGCCUCUAUUACCACUUGCUUGCUCAGAUUCCUAUUUUCUUCUUUACUGCAAUUGUCAUGCUAAUCACCUACUCAAAGAUCCUGCAAGCGCUCAACAUUCGCAUUGGUACGCGUUUCCAUGCUUCACAGAAGAAGAAAGCUCGCAGGAAAAAGCGUCUGUCCAUGACAACCAUGACAACACAGCAAGAGACCACGGACGGCUCACAGAGCAGUGGCACCCGUAAUCCCACGCUGGGUAUGCGAACCUCCGUCUCCGUCAUUAUCGCCUUGCGCAGGGCGGUUAAACGUCACAGGGAAAGACGGGAACGCCAAAAGAGAGUUUUCAGAAUGUCCCUCCUCAUCGUGUCUACUUUUUUGCUGUGCUGGACGCCCAUCACGGUACUAAACACAGUAAUCCUCAGCGUGGGCCUCAGUGACCUGAUGGUCAAGUUGCGACUAGGCUUCCUGGUCAUGGCUUAUGGGACAACUAUCUUUCACCCACUACUCUAUGCCUUCACAAGGCAGAAGUUUCAGAAAGUCUUGAAAAGCAAGAUGAAGAAGCGAGUGGUGUCAAUAAUUGAGGCGGACCCUACCCCCAAUAACGCUAUUAUUCACAACUCUUGGAUUGACCCAAAGAGGAACAAAAAGGUGACAUUUGAGGACAAAGACGCCCAACUGAAAUGUCUAUCUUCAGAGAAUGUGGAGUGAAGGAACUUAUCAUCUUAUCAGCAAAUACAGUCAAAGCAGCUAAAACUGACAUCAGGUCAAGACGAAAAAGGGAAAAUGUUAAUCCAAAGCAGUAAUGUAAAUGUUAUGGGCAGUAGAACAUACAACAACACCAGUUAGAUUAUUUAUUACUAUUUAUUGAGAACAAAACUAGGUUUCAUAGAUAUACUGUUUACUGUACUGUAGAUAUUGCAUGGCUUUUUGUAUUAGUAGCAACAUGAAUAACAUUGUGUACAUACAAAUACAUGUACAGAAUAGGGUAAACAAAGUAUAUAUAUAUAUAUAUAUAGAGAGAGAGAGAGAGAGAGAGAGAGAGACAAAGACAUAGAAAUUGUUAUGUAAAUGUAUAUUUAUAAUAAAUUUUGUGUUCACUCGUAUUCUCCCCUCCCCCAAGUAAAAUGUCUGUGACUGUGUAACAGCUGUGAGAUUACUCCCAUUCAUCACUGUGCAACUUGUUCUGACACCAGACCCUGAUAUCACCAGUGACCACUGACCUUAUUGCCUGGGAACCCUCUAAGGGAAGAGCACUCACACUUAAAUGAGACAAUAAGCGUGAAGACACACCAAAACACACAUAGGUCAAAUGUAAUGUGGAAACAUAGGUAUUGGAAGUUGUGGAUGUUUUGUUGCUUUAGCUAAAAAAAAAAAAAGGUAAAAAAAACUUUGAGAUUGCCGCUCACAAACUCCGCUUUUAUAGUUGACAAAGACCAAGAUCACAUUUCUCAGGCGCAACAGAACGCCACGGUUCUCAUCAUCACGUCUGACAUAAAAACAGAUGUUAUGAAAAAUCUGUUUCGCAUUAGCAGUCACCUCUUUGAGCCAAAUGGAAAUUCUACAGUUGCCUUAUUUUUGUUUUGUGGCAGAACAGGAGACUGUGACAGUGACGAGCACAUGCUGAACACGCUGAAUGAAUGAUCAGCAAGCACUGUGUUUAUUUUCGAUGGCACAAUAAUCCACAGAUAACGUUUCAAUACACAAGUUUCUUAACCGAAGGGAAAUUGUUGUAUUAUCGAAUUGUCUGUGCUUAAUAACAGCAGCCAAACGACAAUGCUCUCCAAAUAAGCAAAUCCGUGACUGUAAUAAAGGAUCACUGCAAAUAUCA